AUGCAAAGGGAUGGAACCGUGCCCUUGGACGAGACGUUCACCGAGACAAUCGAACACUAUGGGCGCUCUUAUCAGCAUUACUCCCUCACGAAUGGGACAUAUUUUGCCCCCAUCGAUGAGGACGAAAUCUCGCGCCUCGAGGUGAUGCACGGAGUUCUCAGCAGGCUCUUUGAUGGGAGGCUCAUAUUCCCCCCUAUCAGGUCGCCACGACGAAUACUCGAUUGCGGUUGUGGUCCAGGAGAUUGGGCUAUCGAAGUUGCCACACAAUAUCCUGACGCCGAAGUCCUCGGCAUCGAUGUCAGUCCGCACAUGAUUCCAGAAAACCCUCCCGACAAUAUGGAGCUCCAAGUUGACGACCUCAACGGGAGGUUUACAUUUCGAUCCAACCACUUUGACGUUGUCCAUAGCCAAAUGGUCGCCGGAGGUAUCCACGCGAAUCGCUGGCGAAGCUAUAUUCGAGACAUUUUCCGUGUAUUGAAGCCAGGCGGGUGGUGUCAGAUGGUCGAGAUAUACUUUAACGCCCAAUCUGAUAAUGCAGCCAUACAAAGAUCCACGGGCACCACUUCAAUUGGCCAGCUGGAUGAGAAGUGCAGGUUUUACGGAAGUCGAGUCGAGACUCUUGACGUUGCCAAUGUGCGGCUGGUCGAGUGGUAG